AUGUGUGGAAUAUUUGCAUUAAUUAAAAUAAACAAAGCGCAUUAAUUCAAUUUCAACCUAUAUGAAGAGUAUUUGAAUUCACCUUAUAUAACAAAAAGACCAUAAUUAAUUGAAGAGUUACUCAUAAAAAAUUAAAGACCUAAUAAUAUUAAUCUUGAUUUAGAUAAACUAUAACUUCUUAAUUCACGAGGACCAGAUUAUUAGGGGAAAAUCGAACUUAAUUAACCCUAUUAUUAACUUUUAUACCAUAGUUUACUUCAUAUGAGAGGAGAUUAAAAUACAUUCAUCAAAUAACCUUUAAUAAAAGAAUAAUUUAUUUUGCAAUAUAAUGGAGAAAUCUAUAAUAUAAAUCCUGAUGAAUCAGAUACUAUGUUUCUCAUGAACAAAUUAUAAUAGGUAUAAUCAAUUCAUGAUAUUUAAAAAUUAUUAUUAUCUUUAAAUGGAGAUUAUAGUUUUAUUUUUCAUGACUUGUUGAAAUAAAAAAUUUAUAUUGCCAAAGACCCAUUUGGUAAAAGAUCAUUGUUACUAAGUUUUAUUGAUAAUGGAUUUGUUUUAUCUUCUUAAGCUCUAUAAAAGAAUAUCCCUAUUGAAAUGGAAGAAGAAGAAGAUGAUGAAGAUGAUGGAAAAACAGUAGAUGAAAAAUAUUUAAUGAAAAAAUACUUGAAUGAAUUUAAUUAAGCAAUUAAUAAAUCUUGUAUAGAAUUACCUAAUAAUUCAAUCAUAGAAAUAAAUUUAAGUGGAUAAGAGAUUUAAUGGAAUAAAAUAUAAAUAUCUUAAUUUUUAAACUUUGAUCAAAUAUAAUAAAUUGAUUUUUAAAAUACUCUUGAUUUUAACAUUUGUAAAAUUUAUGAAAUUUUAAUAAAAAGUACAAAAGAGAUUAUUUAAAAUAUAUUUGGUUUUCAAUAACAUUUUAUUAAUAAUGUUUAAAAUAUUUAAUAAAAUCAAUAAUAAGGAAGAAUUGGAAUUUUAUUUAGUGGUGGAAUAGAUUGUAGUAUAAUAACUCAUAUGGUUUGUAAAUUGUUACCUGAUAAUUCAUAAAUUGAUUUAAUUAAUGUAGCAUUUUUAAAUGACGCUCCUGAUAGAAUUACAGCUAAGAUUGCUCAUUAAGAAUUAUAGAAUCUACAUAAAAAUUAAUAAUUAAAUUUAAUUUUAAUUGAUAAAACAUUGGAUGAUGUUUAUAAAGAAGAGAAAUUAUUUUUAGAAAUAUUAUAUCCUAAAAUAACACAUAUGGAUUUUAAUAUUGCAAUGAUACUCAAUAUAGCAAGUUAAUAUAACAUUGAAACACGUGUUCUUUUAAGUGGAUUAGGAGCUGAUGAAAUUUUUUGUGGAUAUGCUCGAUAUAAACAUGCUUUAAAAAGAGGUCAUGCUGAAUUGAUUGAAGAAAUGAAUUUUGAUUUAUUUAGAUUGUGGAAUAGAAAUUUAGGUAGAGAUGAUAGAGCUGUAAGUAAAAAUGGUAAAGAGUUAAGGUUUCCUUUUUUAAAUAUUGAAUUAGUUGAAUAUAUAAGAUAAAAUAUUCACCCAUCUCAAUAUCUUAUGGGAGAUACUAAAUCUAUUUUAAGGAUUAUUUGUCAAAAAGAAGGUUUAAAGUAAAUCUUUUAUUUAAUUAAUUAGUGUUAUAUCUAAACAUGGGAAAAAAGCUAUAUAAUUUGGUACGAAAAUAGCUAAACUUUCCAAUAAAAGAUUUUUUGGAGGAAAUAAAAAAGCUAAGGGCACAUCAAAUUAUAAUAUAAAAUGA